AUGUUCAUUGGAGAAAUAUUAUGCUUGUUCGCCUUCUUUAUCGUACACAGCUACAGGAAGUAUCGCUGGAACAAAGAACAACAACAGAACAACGAACCAGUAAUAACCCGUUUUAAUCCUUUCGUCUUCUUACCGCCGACCGUCUGUGACAUCGUCGCCACAUGCAUCUCGUAUGUUGGACUAACUUUGACAUCAGCUAGCAGUUACCAGAUGCUGCGGGGAGCGCUGAUCGUCUGUACUGGACUGUUGUCCGUUGUUGGGCUGGCAUGUUGUUCCUGUGUUCUUGGCUUGGUCAUUGUCGGAAUCACGGACAUAUACUUUAGCGAUGAUAAACCUGGCGAACAAUCGAAUGUGGUCAUAGGUGACGUGCUCUGCGCUCUCUCACAGAUUUUCGUUGCUUUCCAACUUGUAACUGAACAGAAAUUCAUGCGCCAAUACGAUGUAGACCCACUUCUUGCUGUAGGAAUUGAG